AUGACAUUGGCAGCUCAAUCCCUCUCCACCGCUUCUCCACAAUCACCUAUCGCCCACCGCAGGCCAUCCGCAACCGACACAGCCGCACAAAGCAAAUUGCAACUCAAUCCACAGCCAGUUGAGCGUACUCCAAGGGAGCACUUGCAACGUCGCAAAUCUGCAACUGUCUUGGAGAGUUAUCUCGUUUAA